AUGUAUAAUCUAGGUUUUGUUCUUUCUUCCAUUUUCCUCGAUGGAGGAUUUCUGGUCACUAUUUUGGGGUGCAUAUCGACCUCGAAUUGGCUAACAACAACGGAGAGCCUAAUAAACGACGUCGCUUCAUUCACUGGAGAUCUCCGGUCAAGUCUAGUUUCCGAGUUUGAAAACAUCGGAAAAUUUUCAUAUCCCAAGACAAACUUAUCUACAAUUGGUUUAGCGACAGUCAUAGAUUCUUCUUAUCUCACCAACAACGAUACUGGUUUCACAAACAUUCAAACACAGAUCGCACCAUUGUUGUUUGAAGCAUAUUCAACGAUCCCUCAAGUCUCGCAAGUUUCGUACAUUAGUAGGGACGGUUUCUUGUUUUCUUACAUUAGAGCAGAUAUAGACACAAGUGUCGCUGUUUAUGCCAAUUCUUCGUCGAGUUCAAGUGGUGGAGACUACACUUGGUACACUCAAACCGUUGAUCAGAUAACCGGUCGUCUCAACGGGAACGCAACCAAAUCUCAGCCGUUAGAUGUAACCCACACGGAUUGGUUCCAAGCAGCACAGAGAAAUAAUUACACUACCGCCUUUCUCGGAACGAGUUUGGGAGGAGGAGACAACGAGACUCUGAUUCAGAGCGCGGUUAGCUUGUUCAGCAAGAAAGGUGUUGUUUUGCUAGGGUUUUCGGUGAAGUCUUUGACCGAUGUUUUGAGCCGUCUGAGUCUACACGGCGAAGAGUUUUACAUGUGGACAAAGGACGGGACGGUGCUUGUUCGUCAAGGUUCACUGAAUGCUUCUCUCUUCAUCUCCAAUGGCUCGAUUUGCUUCGGUGGUAGAGAAUCUAAAUCCGUCAGGUCUCAAUGCAUACCCGAAAAUUGCAGUUCCAGUGGCUACGAGGUGGAGAUCAAAAGAUCAAAAUUCCAAGCUUUUUGCUCUCAUCUUGAAGUUUCUGGCGUUCCUCUGUUGGAUCCGCACGAUGGCUCCAUUUUCAAAUUCUCGAAUGUGCGAGGAGAUAGUGGCAAACUGAAGCAGAUUUUGAACAAUCUUGUCAGCAAUGCUGUCAAGUUCACAGUCGACGGGCACAUUUCGAUCAGAGCUUGGGCUCAGAGGCCGGGUUCCAAAAGCUCUGUGGUCCUGGCAUCGGACCCUCAAGGAGUUGUGUCCAAGUUUUUUAAGUGUAUGUUCUGCAAGAGUACAGACCAGACAGAAAUAUCGAAUUCCAUAAGAAACAAUGCCAACACGAUGGAGUUUGUGUUUGAAGUGGAUGAUACAGGUAAAGGGAUACCUAUGGAGAUGCGUAAAUCGGUGUUUGAAAACUAUGUUCAGGUAAGAGAAACAGCUCAAGGACAACAAGGAACUGGACUAGGGCUUGGGAUUGUGCAGUCUUUGGUACGUUUAAUGGGAGGGGAGAUAAGAAUCACUGACAAGGCAAUGGGAGAGAAAGGAACAUGUUUCCAAUUCAAUGUUUUAUUGACAACAUUAGAGUCUCCAGUGAGUGACAUGAAAGUGAGACAGGACAUCGAAGCAGGAGGUGAUCACAUAUCCACGCCCAACCUCGGGCUGACUGUAAACACUUCACUAGGAGGAGGUAGCAUGAAUAUACGCAACCUGAGUCCUAGAUUCAACAACUGUCUCACCUCAAGUCCAAAGCAAGAAUGUUCUAGAGUGGUUCUCCUUUUAAAAAAUGAAGAACGCAGAAGAGUUACUGAGAAACACAUCAAGAAUCUGGGGAUUAAAGUUACAGUAGUGGAGAAAUGGGAGCAUUUGAGCUAUGCAUUGGAGAGAAUUUUUGGAUUUUCACCUCAGAGCUCCAUGGGAAGAGCAGAGUGUAGUUUGUCAUGUCCGAGCGCAAGGGAGUUACCUUUGAUUGGCAUGGAUGGUAUUGAUUCAAGAAGCCAACUUCCUAAAAGGCGAAGCAACAGUUUCAAUGCAGUUGUCCUUUUGGUGAUUGAUACAAAAACUGGACCAUUUUUGGAGCUGUACAAUGUUGUCAAGCAAUUUCGUAGAGGCUUGCACCAUGGAAUAACCUGUAAAGUUGUUUGGCUUAACGAAUCGAGCACCCGUGUAAGUGAGAGAGGGGACAUUAGUUGUUCCGGACCCUUGCACGGAUCGCGUCUUACGGAAGUCUUGAAGAUGUUGCCUGAAUUUGGAGGAACUGGGCUAAAAGAAACAUCCACUGAGCUGCAAAGGGAAUCACUGCUGAGACAUUCUUUUGUUGCAGAUACAUCACCAAAACAUAAACUCCAAGAAGAGGGACCAAGCUCAGGGUUUAACAAAGAAUUAGGUAAGACAAUAAUGGCACCAACAGCUUCAGAGAGUGAGACUUGGUUCAAGUCAGUGCGUACCGGUAGAAAUCCUAUUGGGAACCCAGAGGAAGAGCAAGGGACUUCCAUGCCAAGUAACGAUGAAUUCUUGAGAGGAAAAAGAGUUCUGGUGGUCGAUGAUUGCAGGAUAACAAUCAAAGUUGCUACAGGAAGGCUGACGAAGAUGGGAGUCUCUGAGGUCAAACCAUGCUACAGUGGAAAAGAAGCUGUGAGAUUAGUCACUGAAUGGCUUACACAACGAGAACAACAAGGAUCAGUAAAUAGGCUUCCGUUUGACUACAUAUUCAUGGACUGUCAAAUGCCAGAGAUGGAUGGAUAUGAAGCAACUAGAGAGAUCAGGAAAGUGGAGAAAAGUUCUGGAGCGCAUAUACCAAUUAUAGCUGUAUCUGGUCAUGAUCCUGGUUCAAGGGAAGCAAGAGAAGCCAUACAAGCUGGAAUGGACGGCUUUUUAGAGAAAGAAAUGAAACAGGACCAACUUGCAAACGUCAUCAGAGAAGUUGAAAGCAAGAUGAAUGCACAAGCAACGCUAUAGUAAUUAGCAUUUUUGCUAGUACCAUUAGUGUUUUCUUUUCUCUUUCCCAUGCAUAUACCAGUUUUCUU